CCUUGUCUCUGUUCUAAAACAUCUACAUACAGUCAAAGCCAAACUGUUAAAGAAGAGCGCCUGAGAAAGUACAAAAAAACUCCGUAGAUUAGACGAAACGAAGCUCCAAGGAGGUUCCUCCAUUAUCUCUAGCGAAUGUUUCGUACUUGAUAGAUAGAUACUCCGUGUAAAGCAAAGCUCUCUGUUUUUUUCUUUUCUUGGAUUGUUGUGUAAAGCCAAGUUCCCGUUUUAGUGGUUUAUAACAUCAUCCAUAACCGAAGACGAAGAUGCAGCAUGGUGGAAACAAGAGUGGGGGGAAGUCCAAUGUCUGGGCUAACGCUAAUUUGAAUAAGACAAUGGCAGCUUUAGAUGAGUUCAAAUCUGGAUUCCCAUCAGGCGGUUUAACAACUGUAUCAAACAAAUGGUGGGGAAGGCCAGAGAAAAAUGGAGGAGAAGAGAUUACUGAAGAUGGAGAUGUCAAGGACGAAGCAGCUUCGGAGAAGCAAAGUUCUUUGGUAGCUAUUAGGAAAAGAAUAGCGGAAGAAGGAAGGGAAGCUGUUGAACAUGGUCUGCAUCAUGGAUUUGGUUCAAAAAAACAAGACGAGAGAUCACGCCCUACUGUUUCAGAUCUUCGAGUCUUCACUGCCAAAGGAUUGGGUUACUGAUUCUUCCUAAAUUCGUUUUAAUAAGUUUAGAACAGAGUUCCCUCUUGAAAUCAUGCUCUGUUGUAUACUAUAUUUGUAAUGUUGUAAUAGUAUUCACUGGGUCAUAGGACAAGAAACUAAUAAUGUAGUAUUGCUUUGAGGUCAUUUAUCAAAGUGAUUUGGAAAUAAAUACAACAGAAAGACUUGCGA